AUGUCAGCCCGUGCCAUGGCUUGGGAAUGGUGUCGAAGCGAUGGGCCUCGCUGCUGCCCGUCGUGCGCAUCAGCGCUCCUGCCGACUCUCCACCUCGUCGGGAGGACUGUUACUGUCACGACGACUCGCCGCUCCCCGUCCCCACGCUCCGCGCCCGCGCUUCUCCGCUUGCUGUCCCGCGCGCCGAGCAUGACUUCCCUCUCGCUGGGCGACGGCGCCGUCGAUUUCUACGACGAUAGCUUUAUUAUCUCGCUGCUCGCCGCCUGUCCCAAGCUGACCUGCUUGAGCCUCGGCGAUCCUCGUUUCACCGCCGCACCGCCGCCCUUCACCAUCAGCUUCGCAUCGCUCAACUCACUCUUCCGCGCUGCAGCGCCGCAGUUACAGGUGCUCGCGCUGCUGCUUCCUUACGAGGCCAGGAAGCUUCUCGAUUCCAUUUCGUCGCUGUCGUCGCUGCGCGUGCUUCGCCUCCGCUCCAACACGAUCCAACAGCUCCCGGACGGACUGUGCAAUCUGCCCGCGCUCCAGGAACUGCAGUUCAGCUGCUCGAUGCUGUGGGAUGUGCCCGAGGACUUCGGGCAGCUGAAAGCUUUGACGCGCCUCUCCAUCGUCGACAGCAUGAACGGCGCGCGCAGCCUGCCCGAUUCUCUGGGCGACCUCUCGUCGCUCACCUCGCUCUGCAUAGCCUUCCCGUGCGGGCGACUCCCGUGUAGCAUCACCGCGCUGCAGCAGCUGCGGCGCCUGCAGCUGCGACGCUACGACAGCCUCGACUGGCCAGACGGGUGCGAAGCGUGGACGAGGCUGGAAGAGCUUUCGCUGGAGCAAUGCAGCGUGCGCUCUUUCCCGCCUGCGUGGCUGGAAACCCUAAAGCGCCUCACUGUUCGCUUCUGCGACAAUUUCAAGUCGCUCCCCUUAGAUGACGUCGUUCGAACCUCACCGUUGCGUCUCUUGACUCUUGAGGAAGUCCUGGCGUUCGACAAUUUACCGCUCCACCCUCUCAGUCGACUCACCUCCCUCCAACGACUCAAGGUCUCGGUUAAAGCCCUUUUCCGACCCAUCAUUACUGGGAAGGAGGAAUUUCCAGUGGGCUUGUUGGCGUUGCCGUCGCUGGCGCACGUGAGUGUGGACAGGGUGGCGUGGGUGGAGCAGGGCGACGCGCCCAAAGGGUCUCUGCUGGCCUAUCUGCCUCUAGCCCUCGCUUCGGAAACUGCUGCCGCUGCCGAUGCCUCUGCCGCCGCCGCUGCUGCAGCUGCCGCUCCUCCUGCUGCUGCUGCUCUUGCUACUGCCGCUGCUAGGGCUGCUGCUGCUUCUGCCACUGCUGCUGCUGCUGCCGCUGCAGCCGCCACCGCCGCCGCCACUGCCGCCGCUCAAUCCGGGUGCUCGCCUCUCGGCCCCUCGCUGCAGCACCUAGAAUUGAGCUUAGGUGAAAAGUGCCCACAAGGCAGCUACCUAUCCGCCCACCUCUGGUCCCUCUGCUCGCUCACGCACCUCUCCAUCACCGAUCUCAAGCCUAGAAGUCUCGUGAUGGCUGCCUUUGGCUGCCUCACCAACCUCCGCAAUCUCUCCCUCUCCGGCUGCUUCCUCCGCCUCCCUGACUCCCUCUCUCUCCUCGCCCCAUCCCUCCAGUUCUUAUCGCUGGAGUACAACUCUUCCUCCACCGCCAGCACCAGCAGAGGCACCAACAACAGCAGCGGCAGCGGCGGCGGCGGCGGCAGCGGCGGCGGCGGCGGCAGCGGCGCCUCAGACUGCCCUAGUGAGGGAGGUGAGGUGGAAGAUGAACAGCAGCAGCAGCAGCAGCGGCAGCGACAGCGACAGCAGGAAGGCAAGCGCCCCACUCCGCGCCUCGCACUACCCUCGUUCAUCUCCCACCUCACCUCCCUCACCGAGCUUCACCUCACAGACGUUUUCAUUCCCUCUCCCCUUCCUCACCUCGCCCGCCUGCUCGCACUAAAAAUAUUGCGCAUCACGAGGAGCGCCCACCUUCCACAAUCUGAGCCCUUCAUUCCCGAGAACAUCGGCGAGCUGGCAUCGCUGGAGUCGCUGGAGCUGAAAGGACGCGUGUCGGGGUGA